AUGUCCCAACAGCCGCAACAACAGUUCUCUCAGCAAUUGCAUGCACCACCCUCUUCGCGGGAGAGCGAUAAUCUCUCGAUCAAUAACGGCAUCCAGGGUGGACAACAAAUACAUCAACAACCAUACCAGCAGCAACAGCAUGGUUCUUAUGGAAAUGAGUCCAUACUCAAUUCGCAGACUGUUCAAUAUCCUUAUCAACAACAGCAGAAUGAUAUGCAGAGCCAAGGAUAUACUGUACCUAAUAUGGACAAUGCCGGAAAUGGAGGAUAUGGCAUGGAUGGUGAUCAACAACAUCAAUAUCAACAGCAGCAGCAGCAACAUAUGGACAUGAGUGGUGGAAAUGGUCAGGAUGGGUACUAUGGCAUGAAUAACAACAACAAUGGAAAUCCCAAUCCUGGUGGUUACGACGUGAAUGCAUUGACAAGUGCGACAUUGAACCUAUCAGGCCUUGGUGGCAACGGUGGCAACUAUCAGAAUGGCAUGGACAAUAACAACAUCAAUAAUAACAAUAUGAACAUGAACAACAAUGGUCUUGCCAACGGUAAUCCUAUGAACAAUGGUGGUAAUAGCAACAAUGAUAGUAACAACAACUCUGGGGAGCUGGUUCUCUCAGCAGAUGUACGCAAGCUUCAAGAUGAAGUCUUGAGUUGGAAAAAGUCUCAAGAAUCGUCUCAGGCCAAAGUGAACCAGUUACGAACGACGUUGACACAAAAGUCUCAGGAGAACCGGGAGCUCCAUCAAUCGCUGACACAAGUGACGCAGGAUCGACUGAGACUUCAAGAGUUAGUACAUAAGCGUGAGAAGGAGAUGGAUGAGCUUCGAUCAAAGUAUUUGAAUGAUGUCCGCCAGAUCCGUGCUACAGAUGACGACCAUUCCACGAUUGAGAACCGAGUCCGUGUGCUCCAGGCUGCCAUCCUCCAAUUAACUAAAUCGUCUGCAGGUGACCGAGCUGCAAACUUGAAUGUGGAGGAGGUACAGUUGCUUGUCAAGAAAAAGUACAAGUUUGGAAACACUCAACCUUAUAUCCUCAAUAUGUUCUUGGAAAAAUACAUCAUGGAUACUCUAUUGGAGGAGGUUUUUAAUGGACCACCUUUUUAUGUCGGAUUUGAACUAUGCAAGGAGUAUGGUGCGAUCCAUAAGUGGAUGGUGGAAAACAAUUUCCAUGACCAGGCAGUUCGCUUCCGACAACAGUUAUGUUUCCUAUCAGCCAGGGCACCGGUUGCUCAAGCAUAUGCAACUCAAGAGGCACAACGGAUUGCUAAAGGGUUUGAAAUUAAACUAGAGCGCCUGUACCAUAACUGGUCUGGACAUCAAAAGGUGCUGGAUAUGGUGACGAAAGCUAUUGAGCUUAGCUUGACGAUGCGGAGUCAGAAUGCAGAGAUUGUAGCACAGGUGAUUUCUAAUGAGACAGACUUUGAUCCUGAGCGGAUGGUACCAGCACACAAGAGCAAGGAAGGUGGCAAGGUCAAGGUGUGCGUGAUGCCAUGCUUUGUUGACACGAAUGGAGUGAUCAUUGGCAAGGCUAAAGUGUUUUGCGGAUAA